GAAAUGUGAAAAAAAAUGUAUAACCCUGCAGAACAGAUAAAAAGUUGUUUAGUAUAUUUUAAUUAAACGGUGUCCCCUUGGACGGUAGGUGGUGACGUGCAUCAACAGCAUUCGUUAGUGCACCAAAAAAUCGAGGAAAAAUGUGGCGCGCUGGGAACUCUGGGUAGGACUUCCUAGGUCAGCCAUAUUUAAUCGUCCUGGCUGAAGGAUAGAGGGGAGAUGAAGGGGAUUCGGGGAAUAAGUAAGCUGUCGACAAGGCUUUACGCAGCCCAGGUGGCCCGUAAAUUGGAUGUCUCCGCGGAGCACGUAAAGUUUCAGCCGCAGGAGGUGCAGGUGACCAAACUGCCCAGCGGUCUGGUGAUAGCCUCGUUGGACAACUACUCCCCAGGUUCCAGGAUCGGUGUGUUUGUGAAGGCUGGCUGUCGCUAUGAGUCCCCAGAGAACCAGGGAGUCACCCACCUGCUCCGUCUGGCUGCCAACCUGGUACUUCUGGUUCAUCAACAUGAUGUAGACAGGAGCUUCAAUGUACUCAAUACUGUCGUGACGUCAUCCAGAGAGAACAUGAUCUACUCUGUUGACUGUCUCAGAGACCACAUUGACACGGUGAUGGAGUAUCUGAUCAAUGUGACCACAGCCCCAGAGUUCAGGCCGUGGGAGGUGUCGGACCUCACCCCAAGGGUCAAGAUGGACAAGGCCCUAGCCGCGCAGACCCCCCAGAUGGGUGUGAUUGAGGGUCUACAUGGAGCUGCUUACAAGAACGCCCUGUCCAACUCCCUCUACUGCCCAGACUACAUGGUUAGCCAGGUCGAUUCUGACCAUAUGCACAAUUUUAUCCAGAACAAUUUCACAAGUGCAAGAAUGGCUCUGGUUGGGCUUGGUGUGGACCACAAUGUUCUGAAGCAGGUGGGAGAGCAGUUCCUCAACAUCCGCAGUGGGAUGGGCACCGCUGGGACAAAGGCUCAGUACCGCGGUGGCGAGGUGCGGGUGCAGAACGGGUCCAGCCUGGUGCACUCUGUAGUGGUGUCUGAGGGGGCAGCGGUGGGCACAGACGAGGCUAUGGCCUUCUCUGUACUACAGCACGUCCUGGGGGCGGGGCCACACAUCAAGAGAGGCUCCAACCCCACCUCCAAACUCUUCCAUGGUGUCGCUAAGGCUACUGCAGACCCCUUCGAUGCCUCUGCUUUCAAUUCCAACUACUCUGACUCUGGCCUGUUUGGAGUCUACACCAUCUCCCAGUCUGCAGCAGCUGGUGACGUGAUCAAGGCAGCUAUUAGCCAGGUGAAGGCUGUUACAGGAGGAGUCUCAGAAGCUGACCUGACCCGCGCCAAGACCCAGCUGAAGGCUGAGUACCUGAUGUCGUUGGAGAGCUCAGAGGGUUUGUUAGACGCCAUGGGUUCACAGGCUCUGUCCGGAGGCGUCUACCACUCUCCCGAGGCCAUCGCACAGAAGAUCGACUCAGUCUCCGCAACUGAUGUCGCCAACGCUGCAAAUAAGUUUGUUUCAGGCAAGAAGUCCAUGGCUUCCAGUGGAAACCUCAUCAAGACGCCCUUCGUUGACGAGAUCUAAAGCCUUUCAACUGUAUUUCACGUGAUAUUAAGUCACAACAAAGCCCUCUGUCCAUUCAAAACAAACAAACUGAAACAGUCAUUAUCCUAAUUGCGUCAUUGUUCUUUUGAGGAAGUUAUGUUGUAAUCACACCAACUGCCAAUAUUUAUAGUUGUUGCUAUUUUUACGUGGAUCUUGAACUGUAUAACUCAUGUAAAUGAAUGAAUAAAGAAUAUCUACCGUAAAGGUGGAAUAAGUA